GGUUCGGACUACCACGCCUACUGCGUCAGCGGAUACGCCGUCAGACAGAUGUGUGUUCUGGACCAGAGGACGCGGCCCUGCCCCCUGCUGGACGCUCAGGAAGAACAGCAGGAGGACGGCGGUGGGCGGUCCCCGGACCCUCUGCACGGUCUUCGGAUCCACUGCUGGGUUCUGGUUCUGGCGGGAAGCCGAGGCGUCUGGGAGAACUUCUUCAUCGACCCCCUGACGGGGCGGAGCUACUCGACCGGCGACAGCAGCUUCCUGGCCGUCGAGAGCGUGUGGGACAACUUCAACUACUACGUCAACAUGCAGGACUGCAGCAACGGCGUCCAGGACCUGGUGUACGACCUGGACGAGCGCAGCUGCUGGGAGCCUCUGCUUUAUGACGUCACCGACAGAAAACAGCUGAUGGAGUCUGUCCUGAGGAGAAGAGGAGCUGUGAGCGUGCACGAGGAGGUUGCCAUGGCGCCCACAGUCUUCCAGAUGCCCAGAUCCUGGAUCAGUCACAUCCUCAUCUCAUCCAAAGACCUGGAGCUGGGUUUUCCAGACGGACACAAGGACACUGAGUACAGGAAGGCCAAGGUGGACCGGUUCAGUCCGGUCCUGAGGAGGGACAGGCUGGUCCAACGGCUGACCCGCUUCAGAGACCUGGACUGUUCUGAGGUGGUCCUGGUGAAGGAGUGGUACCAGAACAGAGACGACUGCCUGGAGGAGAGACAAGUGGACGUCAGCAACGGCGUCACCACACACCGAUACAGACAUGGACACCGGCUCCACCUGCUGGUCCAAAGGUUCAAUCCUCAGACCAACGAACACGACAUGGAGUUCAGCAGCAGAGCUCGAGUGGACCGCCUGGUGCGGAGGGUGGAGUCUCCGCUGGAAAUGACCGAGACCUACGAGGCCCGCCCAGACCACCUGUUCUACCGCCGCGUCCGGUUCGCAGAACCGGCCGACGAGCGCGCCCGCCAACCUGCGGUGAAGGCCGUGGUGGAGCGUUUCCAUAGAAACCCAUCCAAGCCGGCCCACGAGGACGUGGCCCAGCGAGCGUUUCUAUUGGCUCAGAGGAGGAUUGAGGUGACCUAUCACUUAGAGGAGGACCGGUUCAUUCCAUCCAAGAGGAAGUUCAUCAAACCCAGAGAGUCCACGGAGAGGACCAAGGCCGGAGACUUCACCCAGCACAUGGUGUCCAGUUUCCAGGUUGACCGAUCCAAGACUCCUCUGAGUCUGCUGCGUCUUUAUCAGAUGUUGGUGUCUCUGAUGAAGGACGAGGACAAAGUGUCGGCUGAAAUCAGAGAGUCCAAGAAAGAGGUCAGAGACAUUCUGUCCUUUAGAGAAGAGGAGGAGAAAAACCUGCUGUGUGACCUGCGUCCACUGACGGGAACAGAAGCACCACGAGCCAAAGGUCUGGGACUGGAAACGGCUGAGGACGUGGAGGAGCAGUGGCGGCUGCAGCAGGUGGAGGACGUCCUGACCCGGUUCCUGGUGGGCCUCCAGACCCAGACCCAGACCCAGGAGCUGCAUCAGCGCUGUCUGUCUGAGUUCACAGACAGGAUGAAGGAGCAGGCCCAGCUCAUCCAGAACCAGCACCAAAAGGAGAGUCAGGAGAUGCAGGACAAGGAGCAGUGGUACCAGGAGAACCAAGUGAACCUGAAUCUGCAGGAGGUUCUGGAUUACCACAGCUACCAAGAAGACAAGAGGAAGAACAUAGAGCUGAUCAAGACACGCCUCCAACUGCACAAAGUGUCAUCUGCUCAGAAGUCUGUGUUUGUGGAUGAGAAGCUGAGAACAGAGCUGAAGAGCAGAGGCAGGAGCUCUGAGCUGUGA